UGGGCCUCCUGGAACCUGGGCGUGUUCAUUUGCUUGCAAUGCGCAGGGCUACACAGAAACCACUUGGGCACUCACAUCAGCAAAAUAAGAUCCGUGCAUCUGGACGCGUGGACCGAAGAACAGGUUGCCAAUAUGGAGCAGAUGGGAAACAUCAAAGCAAACGCAGUAUAUGAGGCUAAUCUUCCUGAAGAUUUUGAACGACCACAAGACAAUGAAGCUGACCGGAAGUCGUUUUUAAUAGACAUAUACCAGCUUAGGAAGUACAUGUCUACAAAUGUAGCAGAUGAUUCCAUCAGAACCCCAACAACGAAUGGAGGAGAAACCAGCUCGUCCGGAAAGGCUACCAAAGAAAGGGAAUUUGCUGCUGUCCGUAUAGCAAAAUUACUGCAAGUGGACGGUAACAACCAGUGUGCUGAUUGCGGUGAGCAAGGUAAGUGUUAGCUGUGGUAUUAGGGAUACCGUAUCGAAUGGAAGAAGGUAGUACCAAACCUACCCGUACGCCAAAAGUAUUAUACGAACUCACCAUACUAAAUAUGUCUUAAAUUAAGGUAAAAAAAUAAAAAAUCGUGAUCAGUUUUCGCAUU